AUGGCCCACCAAGAGAAAGUGUCAAAGUAUAUCUGUGGUAAUCUCAUUGCGCUUCGAUGGCACGGAAAGGAUGCAAACGCCGUUGCGAAAGCAAAGAGUGCUUUCGAGAAAUUGCUGGCUGCUGCUAAUAAAGAGAAACGUCGUCUUCGGUACCAAACAGCGCCCAGCAACUCCGGCAACAUACGGAAAAAUGAUCGGUCGCGCGUCGAAGUCCUCGAGCACCUUCUCGAGAAAUUGGAACGAGAGAGCUUGGCUCUUGUCCGGCAGUCAGAAGCUGCGUGCGAGCUCCUUGGAGCACGCGUUGAAGAAUUAGACGAGCAGGUUCAAGAACAAAGUCGACAGGAAGACUUCCUCCUGGAGCGUUUGUACUACUGGCGCCAGAGACUUAGUGACCUGGAGAAGUCGAAGCAAUACGAGGAGCGGCGACUUCAGAAUCUUAUCAGUAAUCUCAAGGACAAAUACAUGAGGGAACAGAUGUACCGAUUGAUAAAUGAGCGAGAUCCUUAUCAUAUUAUCAGUAACAAGGACCAAGAGAUCAACGGCAUGAGGAGGUUGUGCGCCUUUGCAGAAGAUGAUGGCCCGCAGUCAGCAGCAACCAAGGACACCAAAGAGCCAAAAUCGAACGACGACCCGACCCCAUACUGGCUUACUCACAAUACUCCACAAGACUAUUUUAGUAUACAACCAUCGCCAGAGCCACAGUCUCCCGAGUCUCUUCAAUUCGGUCCCUGCUCACCUGACCAUCAUGGAUCGGAACUCAGCCACAUUCCAAGUCAGGGCUGGUUGUCUGACGAAGAGCUUGAGAGCGCUCACGUCGAUAGUGACUUGAGUCAGGGUCGAAAUGGAGAGGAGGGAAAUCUCGACGAUGUCGAGAAGCUCAAAGCAGAAGUCGAGAUGCUUCGGCUCCAAGUACGAGUCAUUGAAGACAAGAACAUGGCCAACGCCGAGCAGGAGCGAAAACGGGGCAAGUUGUAUGCUGAGUUCCUACGAUGGGCGCCGAAGGUUCAGCAGGAAGGUUGGCUCACGAACAAGGUUCGGAAGGCGUAUGCAGCCUGUCAAAAGAUGGUUGAGGCGCUGGAAUCAGGAGACUGA